GGAAGGUGGAGGAAGUCCCAGCACAUGCGUUUGGCGGGCUUGCAUUUACCGACUCCUUCCAGCCAAAUAGUUGUUCUUCACUUGCUUUCCCCGUCCUGAACCCCAACGAAUCAUCUCUCGCUCGGAACGGCCGCCGUCAUGGCCGACCUCGAGAUCGUGCACGACCCACCUAGCGCUCCUCCCAGCCCCGAAAAUCCAGAUGGUGUUCCAGCCGACGACGUUCCCGUUGAAAUCGGGGCAGGACCACAGUCGAAGAAGAGGAGGCCGCAGAGACUGCUGCGGGGGUUGCAGCAAAUGUCGUCUUUCCCUUCUCUGAAGCGCCCCGGCCGCCCGAGGUCCGCGAGCAGUCCCUACAGCAUCUCAGGAGCCCUCUCCUGCAUCAGUCUUACCUCCACAGCCUCCCCGUUCGGCCAGCCGAGCGCCAGCUCCUAUUUCUCUCAGCCAUCAGCGGCCGCGGGCUCGAGCGCUCACACGUCUAUCCCGGGGAGUCCGAUUGCCGAGUCGCCGAGUAUUGAGGGCGAAGACUCAGCGUUGGCCGUUCGAACGGUUGACUGCACUCCAGCCAUGUCGAACACUGUUUCCCUGCCAGCAAAAGUCAAGAAGAAGCAGAAAUCAGGCAAUUUUAGUCUGUGGGCGAGUCUGCCCCACGAGCUGAGAGUCUAUGUUCUCUCGUUCCUUAGACCAAAGGAGCUCGUCCGCGCUUCGGCAGUGUCCAAGGAGUUCUAUGAGAUGUGUUUUGACGGCCAGCUUUGGACCAGUCUCGAUGCCUCCGAGUUCUAUCGAGAAAUACCCGCCGAGGCCCUCGCCAAGAUCAUCGCGUCGGCUGGGCCGUUCGUGAAGGACCUCAACCUCAGGGGCUGCGUCCAAGUGGAACACUACAAACGGGCCGAGGUGGUAGUCAAGGCGUGCCGGAAUCUGAUCAAUGCCACGCUGGAGGGAUGCCGGAACUUUCAGCGGUCGACCCUACACGAGCUGCUCAAGGCCAACUCCAAGCUCGCCCGCUUGAAUCUUACCGGGCUGGCCGCAGUGAACAACGCCACUUGCAAGAUCGUGGCCAACUCCUGCCCCCAACUGGAGGUGUUCAACGUCUCCUGGUGCAAGGAUAUGGAUGCCCGGGGAGUCAAGUUCGUAGUUGAGGCGUGCCCUCGGCUCAAGGACCUGCGCGCCGGGGAGAUUGCGGGAUUCAACAACAAGGCCGUUGCCGAGGCCAUUUUCCGGACCAACAAGCUCGAGCGCCUUGUCCUGGCGGGUUGUGACGAUCUGACCGACGCCGCCCUCCAGAUCAUGAUCCACGGACCCAACCCCGAGAUCGACUACGCUACCGGCCGUCCGAUGGCCCCUCCUCGCAAGCUGCGUCACCUCGAUCUCAGCCGGUGCUCACAGCUCACCAGCGACGGAGUGGAGUCUUUGGGGUACCUGGUUCCCGACCUCGAGGGUCUUCAACUCUCUGGGGUGACGCGUCUCACAGAUGCCGCGCUGGAGCCGAUCCUAGCUUCGACGCCCCGCCUCACCCAUCUCGAGCUCGAGGACCUCGCCCAGCUCACCAACAACCUUUUCUCCGAGCACCUGGCCAAAGCCCCGUGCGCCGCCGGCCUCGAGCACCUUGGCAUCAGCUACUGUGAGAAUAUCGGCGACGAGGGCAUGCUGCCCGUCAUCCAGAAAUGCACGCGCCUCCGCAGCGUCUACAUGGACAACACACUCGUCAGCGACCUCGUCCUCGCCGAGGCCGCCGCCAUGGUGCGCAAGCGGUCUGCCUCUGCCCCGCGCCGCCCGUCCCCGACCCCGCUCCGUCCUACCAUCGGCCUCAACCUGGUCGUCUACGACUGCGUCCGCGUCACCUGGACCGGCGUGCGUGAAGUCCUCAGCCGGAAUGCCGAGGCGGUGUCUCCGCCGGGGAAGGAUGACGGCAAGGGCAAGGACAAGGGCAAGGGCAAGAUGGCCGUGGUAGAGCACCACAGCCACUCUCACCACCCUUCCUCCUCCUCUUCGCUCUCCUCCUCGUCCCCGUCCUCCUCCUCCACCUCUUCUUCUUCUUCUUCUUCCUCUCCUGCUGCCGUGAACGCCGCGCCGGCCGAGAUCAUUGGUCUCAAGUGCUUCUACGAGUGGCAGAUGACGGUCGACGAGCACACGAAGCGGGUACUGCGCGGCGACGCGGCCGCCGCCUGCAGGCUGGAGCGCAAGUGGGCGGAUUACAUGCAGGCGAACGAAGAGGCGGGCGUGCGCGGGGCCGGGGGGCGGCGGAGGAGACGGCGGGCGCGGGAGGCGCAGCAGCUGCACGGGCUGGAAGAGGCGGUCGGCGCUGCUGGUGCUGCCGCGGGCGGCGAUGGCGCUGGGGGGAGGAGGAGGGCGUGGACGAGUCCUUGUGUGGUUAUGUGAUUUCUGUUUCUUUUUUCUUUCUUUCUUUCUUUCUUUCUUUCUUUCUUUCUUUCUUUCUUUCUUUCUUUCUUUUCUUUUCUUUUUCUUUUUCUUUUUCUUUUUUUUCCCCAUCCAUCCGUCUUUCUCUUCGGGAACAUU